GCUAACCUCUCGUGUCGAUUGUUACUUGCAGGGCCUGUGCACUGGAAUAGGACGAUUUUAAACGCCAUCUAUGUUAUCGGUUUACAUCUGAAAGCUUACUUUUUGGUGUUUUAUUUUUGAAUGUUUGUCAAUCUGGAUUCUGAAGCUAAAUUGCAAUCAUGCAUCGAGAAACAACCAAGAUUAUUGAAUGAAUAACGUCCAUCUUGCAAACGUGUAUAAAAUCUUUGGAAAGGUGUUUGAUAUUGUUUGUUUAUUAGCUAUUUGCAUUUUUGUGCAUUUGAAAGUUAUUAUUUGUUGCGAAUUAUGCUGUCGUGUUUACUUAGUCAAUAAGAGUAAAAAAGUAAAGGCCUGCUGUGCACCAGGAUGCACGAAUAAGCAAGCGAAAAGACAUUCCAUUCCUAGAAAUGAAGACGUUUGCAGAAUUUGGUUGCAAAGAAUAAAUAACCCCAAGUUAAUAAUAGCAGAUACAGUAUUAACAUCACAUAGAAUAUGUGACAUUCAUUUUGAAUCAAUUUGUAGAAACCCCAAUGGCAGGUUAAGAAAACUGUCACUGCCAACUCUACAUUUACCUAGUUACGAAAAAGGUGAAAAUAAUAUUUUCUGGGUACAGGAGCAAUCAUCUUCAUUUUCAACUCCAAAAAGGCUGAUGGAAUCAAUUGCUAGGACUAGUUCCUCUAGCAGCACCUUUGAAGAACCUUGUAGCUCCUCGAGUAUCCUGUAUGAACCAUCAAUAUCUAAUAAUAUGGAAACAGAUAAACUUGAAGGGCACUCGACUGUGACAGGUGAGUAAAAAAAUUUUUGUUUGUGGAUAUAGUUAUAAAAUGUCAAAAAAAAAAAAUAAAAAUUAUAAUAAUCA